CUCAGAAUGUAGAAAAAUAGCACAGCGCUUGUCCAUCGAUGAUCAAGACAUCGGUAAUCGACUACAGGAAAAUAAGCAAGAUGGCGGAUGAAACGCCCGAUGCGCAGAAAGCCAGCGCUAAGGCACUGUUGGAAAGUAAGCUCAAGGCAUUCAGCAUUGGCAAGAUGGCUGUUGCGAAAAGAACUCUCAGCAAGAAGGAGCAAGAUGAAAUAAAAAAGAAGGAGGAUGAGCGGGCAGCUGCAGAGAUUUACGAGGAGUUCCUCGCUGCAUUUGAAGGGGGGGAUGGCAAGAUCAAGGCUUUUGUCAGAGGUGGCAUUGCCAAUGCAACAAAAGAAGAAGCUGCCACAGAUGAUAAGAAAGGCAAGCUGUACAAACCCAAAUCUUGCUUCACAGAAACAAGUUUUUUGCCGCUAGAAACACCUCCACAAUUUUUAUCUCUAGAAAAAAGUAAAAAUGCCUCAAAGAAAGGGGAAAAGGGAAAGAAGAAAAGCAACCUGGAGUUGUUUAAAGAGGAGCUCAAGCAGAUUCAGGAAGAGCGGGUGGAGAGGCACAAGAUGAAAGGACGCGUCAGCAGAUUUGAGGCCCCCAGCAGCACAGACGGGAGACGCUCCUUGGAUGGUUGCUCACGAAGAAACCGUCCCUUCAGUGUUCUGGACGAGUCGGCGCCUGGAUCACAUGAUGUCGGGGACCCUUCUACCACUAAUUUAUAUCUUGGAAACAUAAACCCACAGAUGAACGAGGAGAUGCUUUGUCAGGAGUUUGGUCGUUACGGUCCGUUGGCCAGCGUGAAGAUCAUGUGGCCCAGGACCGAUGAGGAGCGGGCCAGGGAGAGAAACUGUGGCUUUGUGGCUUUCAUGACCAGGAGAGACGCAGAGCGAGCACUCAAACAUUUAAACGGCAAGACCAUCAUGAAUUUUGAGAUGAAACUGGGUUGGGGUAAGGGAGUCCCAAUCCCACCCCACCCCAUAUACAUCCCGCCCUCCAUGGUGGAGCACACCCUGCCUCCACCGCCCUCCGGACUGCCCUUCAACGCCCAGCCCCGCGAGCGGCUGAAGAACCCCAACGCCACGCUGCAGUCCCCCCCUAAAAACAAGGAGGAGUUUGAUAAGACUCUGUCGCAAGCCAUAGUCAAAGUGGUUAUCCCAACAGAAAGGAAUUUGCUCUCCCUGAUUCACCGAAUGAUCGAGUUUGUGGUGCGUGAGGGCCCAAUGUUUGAAGCCAUGGUUAUGAACCGGGAGAUAAGCAACCCAAUGUUCAGGUUCCUGUUUGAGAACCAAAGCCCAGCACAUGUAUACUAUAGAUGGAAGCUCUACUCCAUUCUUCAGGGAGAGUCUCCCACCAAGUGGAAGACUGAGGAAUUUCGCAUGUUUAAGAAUGGGUCAUUGUGGCGGCCCCCUCCAUUGAACCCCUACUUGCAUGGGACACUGGAGGAUGAAGAGGAGGAAGAAGAGGAGGAGUCCAGCAAAAAAGGCUGCUUGAAAGACGAGGAGCGGGACAAGCUGGAGGAGAUGCUCCGGGCUCUGGCGCCCAGGAAGGGUGACAUCGCUGAAGCCAUGGUCUUCUGCCUGAGUCACGCCGACGCAGCCGAGGAGGUGGUAGAGUGCAUCGCCGAGUCUCUGUCCAUCCUGAAGACCCCUCUGCCAAAGAAGAUUGCGCGACUAUAUUUGGUGUCGGAUGUCCUGUACAACUCGUCUGCUAAAGUUGCCAAUGCCUCUUACUAUCGGAAAUUCUUUGAAGCAAAACUGUGUCAAAUAUUCUCUGACCUCAAUGCCACCUACAAGAUAAUACAGGGCCACCUUCAAUCAGAAAACUUCAAGCAAAGGGUUAUGUCCUGUUUCCGAGCAUGGGAAGAGUGGGCGGUGUACCCAGACCCCUUCCUGAUCAAACUGCAGAACAUCUUCCUAGGCCUGGUCAGCCUGGACACAGAGAAGGGUACCUUACAGGCUGUUGUUGAGGAGGAGCCAGCUGAAGACAUCGACGGAGCCCCCAUUGUGGAGGAGGAGCUGGAUGGGGCCCCCAUAGAAGACGUGGACGGGGCCCCAAUCGAGCCUUCCAUUGACGGAGCUCCCCUGGAUGACCUGGAUGGGGUUCCCAUAAAGGCGGUUGAGGAGGACCUGGAUGGCGUUCCCUUGGACCAGUCUGUGCAAAAACAAGGUUUUAAAACAGCACCUUCAAAGUGGGAGGAAGUAGAUGGUUCAGCACUGGAAGCACAAGCUAUAACAACCUCCAAGUGGGAAGUUUUCGAUCCGCCAGAAGAGAUCGAGGAAAGCCUGAAGAAGGAGGAGGUGGUGAGUGAAGAUGUGGGGGACCCCAAGAGUUCUACUUCAGCUGAGCAACAACCUCCACCACCCAACCCAGCUCGGCCUGUCGAGUCCUCUGACUCCAAAUUGGCCAAGGCCUCGGAAAUCACGGAGGAGAGGCGAGCCAAGCUUCGGGAGAUAGAGCUCAAAGUGAUGAAGUUUCAAGACGAACUGGAAUCUGGAAAACGGCCCAAGAAGUCUGGCCAGAGCAUGCAAGAGCAAGUGGAGCACUAUAGAGACAAAUUACUGCUAAGGGAAAAAGAAAAAGAAAUGGAAAGGGAGAAGGAAAAAGAGAGGGAGAAAAAGGAGCAAGAGAAAAAAGAACAGGAAAAAACCGAGGUCCGUUUGAAAGAUGAGAAAGACAAGGACAAAGAUGACUCUACUCCAACCAGAAAGGAGAGGAAACGCAGAUACAGCGCCUCACCGAGUCCCACGCCCAGCAGCAGUCGACGGGCCAGAUCUCCCUCCCCUCGCUCAGAACGCUCGACUCGGUCCUACACCAAGGACAGCUCCCGCUCGUCUCACAAAGACUCGCCUCGGGACCGAAGCAGGAAGUCCUCCAAGAGGUCACCUUCAGCACCCAGGACGCCAAAGCGAUUGCGAAGGUCCCGGUCGAGAACCCCCAAAAAAUCAAGCAAAAAAUCCAGGUCUCGGUCCAGAUCUCCACAUCGAUCUCACAAGAAAUCCAGAACCAAGUCUAGGUCCCCACACCGGUCUCACAAGAAAUCUAGAUCAAAGUCUAGGUCUCCACACAGAUCUCACAAGAAAUCGAAGAAAAGUAAACACUGACAAAUCGCUUCCCUUCCCACCAACAACUGUGAUGUAUAAAUAACUGGGUGGCAGUUUCUUUUUUCUUUUUCUUUUUUUUUAAAUGUGCCUCAAUGAUGGAAGACGACAAACUUGGAGAGUGUUCACUUCCCCCCCCCCCCCCCCCCCCACCUGUACUCUCCCGGUUUUUUUAUUUUAUUUCCUUCUGCACUAACAGCUAUGUUGUCUCUGAUUAGAGCCAACAAUGUUCUAUAUUGUAUGAUAAUGACAUUACCUGAUGUCCCAAGUUUCCACACGGAAGGAAUUCUUGUGUCUGAUUUCCAGGCAGGUGAUUGGUCUUAUUUUCAUGAUUGUUCCUUUUUUGUAGUUCUCAUUAAAAAGAAUUUACGAUAAA